AUGGACGCCGGCGAGCGCUCUUUUUGCCGUUCGAGGAGGCGAAGAAGUACAUGCGGGAGACAGUUGCUCUCAUUCGCAGCGCUGCAGAGUUCAAGGAUUGGAGUCGGUCCCCUUCUCGGCCUUCUUUCAUUCCUUCGAAUCCGCAUUCGGUUUAUCGCGGAAGAGGGUGGAAAAGCUACCCCGAUUUCUGCAGCUACCCUCUGUCAAAGUUCGAUCCCGCCAGCCCUCGCGUGUACAAUGUUUGCCCCAAAUUUGCUGCACUUCGGUGGGAUGCAAUACGUCGAACACGGGAGGCGCAGGGGCAUUUCUUUGCGAUUCUGCAAGAUGCGCUCCCAGAGUACCAGGCACAAAUGA